UUUCUGUUUUUUUUUUCUAUUCGAUAAGGUUUUGUUCCCUUCAACGUUCCUGCGAGUCCGUUGGGCAUUUUUCAUGGAGUUCUCUCCUCCUCUGGCAAUCAAUCGAUUCAACCAUCUCAACCAUUUCCCAAGCGAAAUCUUCCUCCAGAUUCCUUCCCCAAAUCCAAAAAUCCCACCUUUUGUUCUUCCUCCCCUCUUUUCCUCCUCCUUCGACCUUCAUAACCCUCUCAGAUCUCCCCGAUCACGCCUCUGACAGGUCCUCGACAGCCCUGAAGGCCAAACACGAAGAGGGUAUCGAGCGAUUUCAUUUCAGAUAAGAAGAGGGUUUUGUUUAGGAGCAGGGAGAUUUGCUGUCGGAAAAGAGAAUCAUGUCGUUUAGGUCACAAUCGGUGGGAAGCCAAUUCGCCGAGAAGCUGACGGAGGAUCCAGUGACGUAUAAAACAGCUCAGAGCACCGUCACCUGCAUCUACCAGACCCAUAUCGCCGGUUUCUGGAGGAACGUAACGAUCCUAUGGUCGAAGAAUCUGAUGAACCAUUCGCUGACCGUGAUGGUCACCAGCGUAGAAGGUGAUAUGGAUUACUGUUGCAAGGUUGAUCUCAAGCCUUGGCAUUUCUGGAACAAGAAAGGGUACAAGUCAUUCGAGGUCGAGGGCAAUCCCGUCGAGGUUUAUUGGGAUUUCAGGUCGGCCAAAUUCGCAGGUUGUCCCGAGCCAAGUUCGGAUUUUUACGUGGCUUUGGUCUCGGACGAGGAGGUUGUCCUCUUGCUCGGUGACUGCAAGAAGAAGGCCUUCAAGAGAACAAAGUCCAGGCCAGCGUUGGUUGAUGCUGCCUUGUUCUACAAGAAAGAGAACGUUUUCGGGAAGAAGAGUUUCUCAACGAGGGCUAAGUUCCAUGACCGGAAGAAAGAGCACGAGAUCGUGGUGGAAAGCUCUGCCUCGGGUCCGAAAGAGCCAGAGAUGUGGAUUAGCAUAGAUGGGAUUGUGUUGGUUCAGGUUAAAAACCUGCAAUGGAAAUUCCGUGGGAACCAGACAGUGUUGGUAGACAAGCAACCAAUUCAGGUUUUCUGGGACGUGUUUGAUUGGUUGUUCAGUUCCCCCGGGACGGGACACGGGCUGUUCAUAUUCAAACCCGGAGCAGUCGAAGAGAGUGACCAUGAGGGAAGCGGCCACGGUACCGGUAACGACAGUGAUGCAAGCAACGGAAGCAGGUAUUACUCGGCGAAAAGCAGCGUUUGGCCUCCCGAAUUCUGCUUGUUUCUUUAUGCCUGGAAACUCGAGUAGUGAAAAAACCCGAUGAAAAAAAUCGAUUGCUCGGUUUUCUUCAUUUGUAUUCUUUCUUCCCCCCUUUUGUUGUUGUACAAUGCACAAUGUUUCCAUACACACACCAUUUUCAUGGCCGGAUGGUGCCAAUGAUAAUGGCACAGAAUGUUGUAUUGCUCAUAAGCACCUGGUCAGUUCACCUGACACUAAUAUUUAGUGCAGCCUCUUCACUGAAAUCAAUCAGAUGAAACAGGCUAUGUUUCUGAUCAA